AUGUCACUUCCAGGAUUUGGAACGUCAAUUUCACCAGAGGAGUCUGCUGUCACAUCCUCCAUCGACAUACCUGCCUUCUCAGAAUGGAGAAUUGAGGUCCCUUUCCGCACCUACUUUAAGUUCAAAGUCAUUAAGGGUGUUGCGGAGAUUUUUGGUACCGAGCUUCCUCUCAAUGUGGAGAUCCAAUUCUGCGGUGUCAAGUAUGCCAUCUACGCUCCAUUAUCCGAAGGGUGUACCAUCGAGUAUGCCACCACUCCCAACAAAGAGAACAUGACCAAUGAAGUGGAUGAUGUGGUGGAAUAUUUAAGUGAGGAGACCGUAAUGAAGAAAUACAUCAACCUUCAUCUAGGAUUGGAAGGAUUGAGGCAGCAAAUUUCCGACCACAACAUAAUCAACUCGCAAAAAGCCAAAAACGGGCCUCGUGUGUUGAUUCUUGGCGGAAAGUGCACUGGAAAGACUGCUUUGGCCAAAAUCCUUUCGUCCUAUGCUUUGAAAAUGGACAGUACCCCCAUAUUGGUCAACUUGAAUCCUAGGGAUGGUGUAUUUGCAUUGCCAGGAUCAAUUACAGCCACUCCUGUCAGUGACUCUUUUGAUUUGGAAUGUGCUGGUGGUUGGGGCUUUUCGACCACUUCUGGUACCUUGUACCAUAAUCCAAAACAGCCCAUUGUCAAGAACGUUGGAUUUGUUAAUUUCGAUGACAACCUUGAUCUUUACAAAUACCAAAUAUCCAAAUUGGGCCUUACCGUUAUGUCACGGGUUGAGGAGGACCCUAAAAUCAAGAGCAGUGGGAUAAUUAUUGAUACACCGCCAUUGGCUAUUAAGGACAUUUCAUUAAUCGAAAAUAUAAUCUCUGAUUUCGAAGUCAACGUCAUUGUUGUCAUUGGAAAUGAAAGACUUAGCAUUGACUUGAAGAAAAAGUUCAAGCACAAAUUGAGUUCGGCUCAGUUGGAUAUUGUGAAAGUCCCUAGAAGUGAAGGUGCCGUUGAAGUCGACGAAUCCUUUGUCAGAAGAGUUCAAGAAGAGACCAUUAAAGAAUAUUUCCAUGGCAACUAUAAGACCAGAUUAUCGCCUUUCAAAACAGAAUUAGAAGUUAGAGAUUACUCCAUUUACAAGGGUAUCUUGAGUCUGGAUCUCGCCUCCACUUUGGCCUUUUUGCCAGCUGGUGAUUCGUAUACUGCCGACGGUGAGGGUGAUAACGACAAACAAGAAGAGAAUUCGCUUGACAAGUACUACAGCUUAUUGUCGGAGCCAAGUCCAUCCAAUUUGGACAAUUCCAUCUUGGCUGUUACACAAUUAGCACAAAAGAACAUGCUGACCAAAGAUUUGUUGAAUACUAGUGUUUUAGGUUACGUUCACAUAUCCAAAUACGACGAUACCAAAGGCAAGUUGAGGGUGUUGUUGCCAUUCCCUGGGGCUUUCCCCAGAAACGUGUUGAUCUCCACCCAUAUUGGCUUCAGCGAUUGA